UCACCUGUCCUUUCCUUCAUUUUACCAAUCAUAUUUCUUAACUCUAUACCCUGCACUGCCAUCACUGUCGUCACUAGGAAACAGUUGUUAGUUGGCGGAGCGAUUUCCACCCAGGAUGAAGAGUUGCAACGCGUUGCUGCUCUAGUCGAAGCUGGCGUUGAUGUUGUCGUGUUGUCGUGCCUGCUGGAUUCUCUUUUAAUGGAUUAG